UCCGCGUUUGUUCGCCCAGUUCAGUUUGCUUUCCAUUUCGGCCCCAAACACUCGAUUUUGUGUCUUGCUCCCGGCCAUAACUAACCCAAAAAGGGGCAAAAAAAAAAGGAAAAAAGAAAAGCAGUGACUAUACCAAGAUGUGUGGCGGAUGGGCCUGUGCCUCCUACAGCAUUGCCUGCUGCAAUCCGCGGCUGUCGACAAUGCGCUUCACCGGUCGCUGCUUCGCGCCCACUCCCUGCGGUCCUUGCAACGACUGCUCCGCCGGCGGGGGAUGCUGCGGAGGAUGUUGCUACGGCUGCGGAUGGUAGACAGGAUCAGGGAUC